AUGACACAUCGUGCAUGUGACACACAUGAUGACAAAUGUGAUAUAAUUUAUACCAAACGGCUACGGGGAGGGCGACACCCCAUUGAUUUCAAUGUUUCAAGUGACAUAAAUAAGUCGUUACUCAAAAAAGAAACAUGGAAAAUCAAAAAGGAAACUACAAAAAAACCAAAUAUCCAACUUGCAUCAGUCAAUGUUGAUUUACUGGACACCAUAAACAUAAUUGACACAUUUGACAGACCAGCAGAUACUAGCACAAAGGGCAAAUAUGCUCAGUGUGGAAAAUAUGCAUUAGGCUUCGAAGACAAACCAGGACACAGACUUCCGAAGGCUGGAGUCUAUGCAGAAGCAGGAGUGGGUCGUGCUGCUGCUGAAGUGAGCGUAUUAGAGGCAGAAGCCAAAGGCCCAAAUGCCUCUGCUGGUGUUGGAGCCAGUGUGACUGGAGCUGGAGUGAUGGCUCGUGCUGAAGUUGGCAGCGUUUCCGCCAAAGCCGGUCCUGUUGCUGCAAAACUAGGACUUGGAGUUGACACGGGUGCAUCUAUUGGUGCGGGUGGGCUAGAGGCAAAGUUCCUGGGAACUGGAAUUACGAUUGGUCCAAAAACCAGCGUAUCUCUCUUGGGUUCAGAAGUCUCAUGUUCAGUCAUGUAG